AUGAGCAACCUCUCCAAAUUAUUUGAAAGCUCAGGUGCUGAAGUAACAAGUCGGAGAUUCCGAAAACCUAGCAAUAUAAUAAGAAGCCUUAUUUCUUCUUGUUUUGAAAUAAGCUUCAUACUUGACAGAAGGAAAAUAUACUGUCAAGUUGGGAAUGCUGUUGCUGUCCCGGUGGGACGUGCUUUGGGAUAUGCAUUGGGGAUGGCAGUGCAAAAACUGAGUGGAGAUGAACCUCUGAUGAGGCUCCCACCCAAGUUCUCUCAUUCCACAACCAUUCAGUUGCAGUCUUUAUCAUCUGAAGAUUGAGUUGUUCAAGGUUCAUAUUCUUUCAUUUGUCGGUACAAUAAAACCAUUUAUAUUUGAUGGUCUCAGGUUCAGGGUUAAAUGUUAGUUGGGUAAAGGGUUAAGUCCACCUAAUUGUAAUUGUAGAAAUAUUUAUAAACAACUGAAUGUAAGUAGGUUUGAGUAAUAAACAAACUAGGGAUGGUUUUGGACUAGUUAAUGGUU